GCCGUCCUCCGGCACCAAGACCAAGCGGCGGCGGGCCGCCAUGGCCGACGCCUCCAACAACAACAACAAUAACAACACCAGCAGCAACAACAACAACAGCAAUGACGACAUGUGGUGGACCGAGAGGGUGCUGUGCGAAGUGCAGGCGGAGCACCCCGGCGAGCUGGUGCGGACGGGCAGCCCGUACUUCCUGUGCUCGGCGCUGCCGACGCACUGGCGCUCCAACAAGACCCUGCCCGUGGCCUUCAAGGUGGUGGCGCUGGGCGACAUCCUGGACGGCACACUGGUCACGGUGCGCGCCGGCAACGACGAGAACUGCUGCUCCGAGCUGCGGAACUGCCAGUCCGUCAUGAAGAACCAGGUGGCCAAGUUCAACGACCUGAGGUUCGUCGGCCGCAGCGGCAGAGGGAAGAGCUUCAGCAUCACCAUCACCGUCAACACGUCGCCGCCGCAGGUCGCCACCUACAGCAAGGCCAUCAAGGUGACGGUGGACGGGCCCCGGGAGCCUCGCUCGAAAACAAGCCAGCACCACCAGUUCCGUGCCAUCGCGCUGGGCCAGCGGCCCUUCCUGGAGUCGCCCUUCAGCCACCUGCGGGAGCUGGAGUCCUUCAGGAGGAAGUCCGAGGCCUUCAAGAGCCCCACCGGGUCCUCCACCACGGCGUCGCACGAGUCCUGCACCGGCGCGCCCGUGGCCGAGUCCUCGUGGCAGCCCUACACGUCCUCCUACUCGCCGCUGCAGCCGCCGGCCUACUCGUACCCCGGCGACCUGGGCCCCACGGCCACGCCCACCGCGGCGAAGACCCUCGCCGAGUUCGAGAGGCCCCUGCCAGAGCCGGGGUAG